AUGGCUAAAAUUUAUCUGAACACAAACGGUUUAUUGUUAGAGUCUUCUAGCGGCGAAGCGAAGUACAGAGCUUCGUGUCUGGUACCACGAUCAGAAAGGGGUAUAGGUAUGUAUUACGGGCUGGGUAUGACGGAAAGGGUGUGGAUUUGGCGAAUCUAUAGGGUUUGGCACAUUGUUCGGAAG